AAGAGUUAAGAGAGAACGCCACGCUUUUUCUGGUUCUCAGCUCUUUUGCUUGUUGGAGGAGACUUCAAAGAGGAACUUGAACACAAUAUUGGUGAAAUUCAUCGUAGAUUACACGUGGCUUUCUCAUUUUUCUUCCAGCUCUGCAGUUUCUGUUGAAGAGAAAGUCUUCUAGAUGCUUAUGACUGAAGUUUAUUGGUUGGUUGUGGAGAUCCGAUAAUGGCUGUUACCGGUUGCAGACAACUGGUCUAGCGGUAUUGGAAUCAAGUAUUACAAGAGGUUUCUAGCGAACAAAUAGUGCUUAUCUUUUGUGCCAACAAUUUCUUCUUUUUAGAUGCAAACUUCUCAAAAACACCAGGCAACAGGCGGUAUACAUGGGUUGUACCAGCAGCAUGUGCAAGAUAUCAACCCCUAUUAUUCACCUCAUUUCCAAAUUUUAGAAAACAACAUGUUCCCAGACACUGGCAGCCAAGGAAAGAGUCUCUCCUUCGAGACCUGCAACGAACAGUACUUCACCCUUGAUUCGUCCCCGGCAACUGCUGAUUUUCUCACCUGUGAUUCUCAUUCCCCUUCCGCUGUGAGUGUCUUGUCACACAGGAGUCCCUUCUCACCUCAAGGCUCCCACUCUUGCUCGUCUGAUCCGCAUCAUUCCUCUGAAAUCUACUCCGGAUCACCAAUAAGUGGCUGCUCUGUGACUGAUGAUGGCAAUGAGUUGAAGCACAAGCUCAGAGAACUAGAAAUUUCACUGCUGGGAAUUGAAUCAGACAUUGUUGACAGUUGCUAUUGCUCCUACAAGACGGAGGCCCACCAAGCUACUUCGCUUGCAAGCUGGAAGAUGAUGGAUACGCUUCCUAAGUUGGACCUAAAACAAGUCCUCAUGGCCUGCGCGUAUGCAGUAUCCGAAUCUAACUUAUCAAAAGCAGUGGAGUUAAUGGAUAUAAUGGGAGACAUGGUGUCAGUUUCUGGCGAGCCAAUCCAAAGAUUAGGUGCUUACAUGUUGGAAGGGUUGAGAGCAAAGUUGGAGAAAUCAGGGACUUCAAUCUACAAAGCCCUCAAGUGCAAUGAACCAACGAGUUCAGAACUGAUGUCUUUCAUGUCCAUCCUCUUCCAGAUCUGUCCAUACUGGAGGUUCGCUUACGCAUCUGCGAAUGCUGUCAUCAAGGAAGCUGUGCAAAACGAACACAGAAUUCACAUAAUCGAUUUCCAAAUAGCACAGGGCACUCAGUGGAUGUCGCUAAUGGAGGAUCUUGCCCGUCUGCCGGGUGGACCCCCAUUCAUCCGCGUCACAGGAGUAGAUGAUUCUCAAUCAUUCCAUGCUCGUGGCGGGGGCCUUAACUUAGUCGGCCAGAGGCUAGCAAAGCAUGCAGAGUCGCUCAACGUGCCAUUCGAAUUUCAUGGCGCGGCAAUGUGCAGCAGUGAGGUUGUAUUAGAAACCCUCAGGAUUCGACCUGGAGAAGCAAUAGUAGUUAACUUCCCGUACGUGUUGCAUCACAUGCCAGACGAGAGUGUAAGCACUGAAAAUCACAGAGACCGGUUAUUGAGGCUGGUUAAGAGCUUGUCACCCAAAGUUAUGACCCUGGUCGAGCAAGAAUCGAACACCAACACCUCCCCAUUUUACACUAGGUUUGUCGAGACAAUGGAUUAUUACACGGCCAUGUUUGAAUCAAUCGAUGUGGCUUGUCCUAGGAACGACAAACAGCGGAUCAGCGCAGAGCAGCACUGCGUGGCUAGGGACAUAGUUAACAUGAUUGCUUGUGAAGGUCCUGAGAGAGUGGAAAGGCAUGAACUCUUUGGGAAGUGGAGGUCAAGGUUGAUGAUGGCCGGGUUUACGCCGUGCCCGUUGAGUUCUUCCGUGACUGUUGCAGUGAAGAACAUGUUGAGAGAGUAUAAGUAUAACCAGAAUUAUAGAGUUGUGGAGAAAGAUGGGGCUCUUUAUCUUGGCUGGAAAAACAGAGCUAUGUCUACGUCUUCUGCGUGGAGAUGAAGAUAGAUUGAUCGUGAUUGCAAAAAAGCUUGUAAAUUUUUUCCCUUUUUUUUUCGGUACUCAUGUUGAUGAGUUUUUAGUCCACGAGAAACAGUGAUGUCUAUAGUUUUGUAGAAGUAAAGUUAGCUCUUUUCCAAUUUCCGACACCUGACUCUUAGAGGGCGUUUGGUUUAUAUAUUUAAAAUCAUAAUUUAGAAUUAUUUUUGUUUUACGUGUACUUUUUGUGAGAGAAAAUACUGGAGAGAAUUAUAAAUCAGGAUUCCUGUAAAUGUUGUGGUUAGGAAAGAGAAUUUCGUUUUUACUUUUAGACGGUGAUGUUGUUAUGUUUGUAUUGUCUAUUGGUACUACAACGAAACCAGCAGUUUCUUGA